AUGAAACAUUCAAUUGUCCUUUUAAUCCAAUUCACGCUCCUGAUCACCCUGAUGUUAACAUCAUCGUCAUCGGCCGAUAAUAGUACAAUAACAGUACAUGGCCCUCCACCUGGUCCUCUUAAAGUCGGAACCGCGACUAUGUUCAAUUGGACUUUUACUGGUCUAAAUCCUAAUCAACCUGUAUAUGUACAAAUAUUCCAAUCAAAUUGCACUACAAAAGCAAUUGAAAUUUAUUCAAAUAUACGUGACAGCGGUCUAACUUAUCUCUAUGAAGUUCAUUACGCAUUUUUCAUUGGUAGUUGGCCAACUGGUCGUCGAAAUAUUUACUUUGCUCGUGUGACGAGUGGAGGUGUCUACGGCGAUGGCCAGAAUUUUACUAUCACUGAAUAA